GGAACACGCGCUCGCUCAGGCAGCGAGAAGAAGCUCAGGACGUUAGUGGAACAUGGCGUUGGGCAGGGUAGCUGUCACCACUCAGAGGAAACAGCACCAAACCGUUCUGUGAGCGGGGUCGACGGAUCGCCUGUCACCGCUGACGCCGGCCUGGGUGCAUUUGUUUGGCGUUACUAAUUCGCCUGUCACUUGUGGGACUGAGCGUAACGCAGCGCAACGAGAAGGGGCGGUAGGUGUGUUGACAGCUAACGGUUUACGCCUCGGCUAACAUUUACCUGGACCGUCGACCCACAGAUGUCAGAACUAGCCGAGUAGCGUAGGAGCCGUGGGAGCUAACGGGCGCGGGCGCUCAUCUGGUGGGGCUCGUCUUCCUGGUAGCACCGUGAUUACUUCAUCGCUUUGCUAAUGCUGACAGAUUCAACUUUACUUGGAGGUCAUCUGCCAAGCUCGCACCGUUUUUCACUCUAAGGGCUUUGCCAGAUCGCUUCAAGGAAAUGUCAGACAACCAGAGCUGGAACUCCUCCGGCUCAGAGGAAGAUUUAGAGCCCCGAGAGGAGCCCCUGCAUCCGACCGGGAUCGGGGAGUUCAGCGGAGUUCUCAGUAAGUGGACAAACUACAUCCAUGGUUGGCAGGACCGUUGGGUGGUGCUGAAAAACAACACACUGAGCUACUACAAAUCUCAGGAUGAGACUGAGUACGGCUGUCGAGGUUCCCUCUGCCUUAGCAAAGCUGUUAUUACUCCUCAUGAGUUUGAUGAGUGCCGACUGGACAUAAGUGUUAACGACAGCGUUUGGUACCUGAGGACACAAGAUUCUGAUCACAGACACCAGUGGGUCGAAUCCAUUGAGCUGCACAGGAGUAUCAGAGAGGGAAGGAGAGAGAGGGGAGGAGUCCAGGGGACAAUAAUCAUCCCUCCACCACUGGCUGAUUCUGGAUACGGCUCAGAGUCCAGUCUGCGGAGACAUGGCUCCAUGCUGUCUCUCACAUCAGCCACCAGUGGCUACUCUGCCACCUCCACAUCAUCCUUCAAGAAGGGUCACAGCCUGAGAGAGAAGCUGGCAGAGAUGGAGACCUUUCGUGAUAUCUUGUGCAGGCAGGUGGACACGCUUCAGAAGUACUUUGACAGCUGUGCAGAUGUUUCCAAAGAUGAGCUGCAGAGAGACAGAAUUGUGGAGGAUGAUGAAGAUGACUUCCCCAACACCCGAUCAGAGGGAGAUUUUCUGCACAACAACAAUGGCAGCAAAGAAAAAUUGUUCCAGUCGUCGAGUCCCAAAGGAAUCAAUGGUAUAGAUUUUAAGGGUGAAGCCAUCACGUUCAAGGCCACCACGGCCGGGAUCUUAGCCACCCUGUCGCACUGCAUCGACCUCAUGGUGAAGAGAGAAGACAGCUGGCAAAAGAGACUGGAUAAGGAGAUGGAGAAGAGGAGAAGAAUAGAGGAAAGCUAUAAAUCCACCCUCAACGAGCUGAAAAAAAAGUCUCACUUUGGAGGUCCAGAUUACGAGGAGGGUCCAAACAGCCUCAUCAACGAGGACGAAUUCUUCGACGCAGUGGAAGCUGCUCUUGACAGACAGGACAAAAUAGAAGAGCAGUGUCAAACUGAGAAGACCAGGAUACAGAGAUCCAGCCCCGUUCCCCCUGGAGACGUCUAUUCCACUGUUGGUUCUCACAGAUUUACUGACAAGGUAGAAGAGAUGGUGCAGAAUCACAUGACCUACUCCCUGCAGGAUGUUGGUGGAGAUGCUAACUGGCAGCUGGUUGUAGAAGAAGGAGAAAUGAAGGUGUACAGGAGAGAAGUGGAAGAAAAUGGGAUUGUCCUGGACCCACUGAAGGCCACGCACAGCGUGAGGGGGGUGACCGGUCAUGAGGUCUGCCACUACUUCUGGGACACCACGUACCGCAACGACUGGGAGACCACCGUUGAAAACUUCAAUGUCGUGGAGACAUUGUCAGAAAAUGCAGCAAUUGUCUAUCAAACACACAAGCGAGUGUGGCCUGCAUCUCAGAGGGAUGUCCUGUACCUGUCGGCUAUGAGGAAGGUGUUGAGCAGCAACGAGAACGACCCAGACACGUGGCUGGUCUGUAAUUUCUCAGUGGACCAUGAUGAAGCGCAGCUAACCAACAGGUGUGUCCGUGCCAAAAUCAACAUCGCCAUGAUCUGUCAGACGCUCGUCAGCCCACCAGAAGGAGACAAGGAAAUCAGCAGAGAUAACAUCCUGUGCAAAAUCACCUACGUUGCAAAUGUGAAUCCUGGAGGCUGGGCUCCCGCCUCUGUGCUCAGGGCUGUGGCUAAGAGAGAGUACCCCAAGUUCCUCAAACGCUUCACUUCCUAUGUCCAAGAAAAAACUGCUGGCAAACCCAUCUUAUUCUAAAGCCCACCGGCAACACGGAUCAAAAGGUGGACACAACACAUCUGAGUUAAUUUAGUAGGAUUUGGGUUAGGAUUAGAAUUUAGGGUUUUAAGGUUUUCUGUCUGAAUGAAAGGCAUGAGGCUACAUUCAAAUAUCUAAGACAACCCCUAACCUUUGAGUCAACAGACUUCAGUUAUUUGAAAUGUGGAGAUUUCUCCUUUUGUUGUGGUUUGAUCAGUAAACUUGGGAAAUUGUGUCAUUUAAAAGCAAAUUCUUGAAAAGGUUUUACACACAUCUGUAAUUAUAUGCCUCCAGCAUUAGAGAUGUUAUUCUGCGCUCAGCUCAUGUCUCUUCUGACAUAUAUAAAUAUGUAUGUUCUGUAAGUAGUUUGUAAAGAGAUCUUUGCUAAUAGACUGAAAAAUCUAGUUCAUGUUAAUUUUCAUAUUUUCAAGGCCCAGUUUUGUUUUUUUGUUGCUGCUAACUUUUAUUUCUAAACAUGACCACACUUGUUAUAAGUCCUGAGGGUUGUCACAAACUCAUGACCCCUAUGAUAUAAGACUUGAUUCUCGACUUUCUCCCAUGAAAACACCUCCGAUGGUGCUGAUGGAGGAAUCAGUCAAAAAAGGUUUCACACGUCAUGUACAAAACAAGAGUUUAUGUACAGUGUUUGUUUCUUUGUUAAUGUUGCAGUGUGAUAUAACACACCUGUACUUUGAAUGUUAAAAGAAUUGUACAGUGUCGCUAGCAUUUCUCUGAAAGUCUGCAAAUUGUUUGACCGAGUCGAGCCCAAAUGCCUUAGUGUGAUGGGAGGGUAUAGCUUCAGAUGGUCAGUGCACCCUGAAGGCAGGAGGCACUAGCCAAGUGCCUCCUGGCUGGGAACAGAAAAGCUCGGCUAUGUUUAGAUACUGGAAUCGAUUGUUAUAAGAGCAAGGUACUUAAAUUCUUAAGAGGUUUAUUUGUUACAAUAUGGGAAUAAAAUUCUGAUUGGACUUAAACUGCUGGUAACUUAGUGAAUCCACUAUGAGACAUUUAAGGUUGUUUUUACAGCCUCCCCCAACAUUUUAUAGCCACAGACCAGGAGCUCUAACACCACACUGCAAAUGUUUUGUCUUGACUCAUUUAAGUGAUGAUAGAUUUUCAGUUGUUUUACCAAGCUUUGCUGUUAAGUCUAGCUAAAAGACAAAGGUGAGAGAAAGUGAAGCCACGUGAGACUCUGCAGCCCUGCAGCUCAGUAGGAACCAGGCUGAAGCUCCUUCACCUAAAGCAGAGGUUUCUAAUCAGUUUAGUCCUAAUCGCAUUGUUAGAAACUGAAUGUAAUUAGAAAUUCAUUUUUGUAAAUGAAUUGUUUAUAUUGGGAUCAACUUACAAAUGUACUGUGACAACAUGGCACGUGAUCUGCCCUGUUUAAAGUGAAAUAAAUAAGUUUAUCUCUCA